GUUGUUUCAGCAUUCCAUAACGCAUCUCUAUCAAAGCUUUUAUGGAGCUUUCAGCUAGUUUGUUGUGAAAUGUUUACAUUUCGUUUAUUCAAUGUAUUUAUGCCGCCAAAAGAGAGAUAUUUUGGCAUUAUCAAAGCGAAUUUCAACCGAAUAGUGAGUCAAGUGGGAUUUACCAAACCAAAAAAAUGACAGAAACUGACACAGAAUCAAUUUUGGAUAACAAUAAUAAGAAAACAGAAGGAACUGUGGCCGUGUUGACGUCAGAAGUCAAAGUCUUGUCGAUCGGAAAACGGAGAGAAUACUUUAAGCCCAAGAGGCAUGUAAUCAAAUUUGAUAAACAAAUCUUUCUGGAUGACUGCAAGAAGCAUUAUGGUUUACUCCUAAUGGGAAAUCGAACGCGUUAUGUACCCAAUAAUAAUUUUCUGAUGGAUUUAUUUAAAAUGGAGACUAUUGAGAAAGAUAAUCAACCCAGACGAUAUCACUUUGAUUGUCAUCCCUGUGUGUGUCCGGGUAGUUCUAUGAGCCAAGGCAUAUUUGGCCAAACACUGUACGCCAGCGCAGUAAUGCACGAACUGAAAAAGCGACUAAAGAACAAAAAGUGGAUAUCGAAGAAUGUAUUGGAGUUGCCAAAGAAAGAGAAUGCUAUUCGUUCCAAAUAUUAUUAUGGUGACGACUACUACGUUCAGAAUAUAGUUAUUGAUAUAAUCCAAGAACAGAAAAUUAAAGCUUUUCAGUUUUUGUUUAAUUUACACAAGGAAUACGUAAAGGAAAGGCAAGAGUCUAAGUGAUUUUUAGAACUGUAAAAUAAAUAAUAAAUUGUUAGAUAUAAGCUAGGCUUAAUAUAUAAAAAAGUUUUAUUAAAUAGAUUAAAGUGAGGAGGAAUUUUAAGAACUAUUGCUGAGCUGGAAAAUACUUACAUUACGAGUUUUAUUUAUGAGCAGCG